CUCCUCCCUCCUCUUCCUCCAUUCGCCCGGCCGGCCGCUCGCAGCGUUUCCUUCCAUCUUCAUUGAAUUGACGCGACGGUGCGGCAAACAAGUCCCGCUCUUCGGCGUUAGAAAGACAAAAAGUCGACGCCAUUAGAGCUGAAUUGGGCCCAAACGAGACAUUUGCUGCCAGCUUCUUUCUUUCUUUUUGUCGUCGUCGAGCACGCAAUAUGGAUCCAAUGACUCAGUCUGCCCAGAUAUCUUCGUCGCAGGGACUCGCCGAUGGACAGAAUUCUGCGUUGAAAGAAUCCAAGCCGUCCGAUCGCGUUCUUUCCUCCCCGCCCGUAUCUUUUAUUCGGCCGUCACAAGUCAAGGAUCUGAUUCACUGGCGGGACCCCAAAAAGUCUGGCUUGGUCUUCGGUCUGUCCUUGCUGCUGCUGCUGUCGCUGGCCGCCUUCAGCGUCAUCAGCGUGGUGUCCUACUUGCUCCUGGCGCUGCUGUGCGUCACCAUCACCUUCCGCAUCUACAAGUCGGUGGUCCAGGCCGUGCAGAAGUCCGGCGACGGCCACCCCUUCAAAUCGCUGAUAGAUAAGGAUGUCAGCAUUCCUCCGGAGACUUUCCGCAAGCACGUGGACAGCGGCCUGACCUACAUUAACCGGGCCCUCAAGCAGAUGAGCCGCCUUUUCCUGGUCGAGGACCUCGUGGACUCCCUCAAGCUGGCCGUGGUCAUGUGGCUGCUGACCUACGUGGGCGCCGUCUUCAAUGGCAUCACCAUCCUCAUCCUCGCCGACAUCCUGCUCUUUGCCGUGCCUCCCAUCUACGAGAAGAACAAGACGCAGAUCGACCAGUACGUGGACCUGGCUCGGACCCAAAUCGACACCACCGUCGCCAAGUUGCAAGAGAAACUCCCCGGCGCUGUGAAGCGUAGCAAAACCGAAUGAUCCGUUGGAGAAGAUGUUCCCUAACCCGCUUCCACUCCCACCCAUCUCCAUAAUAGACUCCCCAGCAGCACACUGAACCUUGCUUGCUAGGUAGAAAAAAAAAGAAGUCUCUAUUUAAUGUCGGACGUAGCGACCGCGCUGUGGUACCAGAGCGUGAACUAGACUGAAUCUCUGGCCUGCUUUCAAGGGUGCAUGCCAGCAAAAAUGUCUGUACUCAAAGCGCGCCGUUCGUUUUUGUUGUUUUUUUUGUAUCCCCCCCCUCCCCUCGCUUAAGUAAGGAAAGAGAUUAAAGAAAAAAAAAAAGAGGAAUUAAUACUAACCUUGUUGUCGCCAUCGCUGUGGCUAUUCUCGUCGCUCUGCGUAGAUAAGCGGGCUCUUUUUUUUUUUUUUUUGGUAGCAGGUUUGCCUGUGUUUCUGCACUGAUCUUUUAUUCUGGAAAACGCCGCCAAGCGGCUUGAACUCACAACAAUAAAAGCUUCUUGCAACA